AUGGCCAGCGAACAAUCUUCUCCCUUCACCUAUCCGUCCACGAAUUACCAGUUUCCUACCCACCGCCUGCGGCGGCUCCGCAAUCCAGACAAGCAGCCUCUCGUGCUCGUAGCAUGCGGCUCCUUCAGCCCCAUCACCUACCUCCACUUGCGCAUGUUCGAGAUGGCCGUCGACUACGUCCGCCAGAACACAGACUACGAGAUCGUCGCCGGCUACCUCAGUCCCGUCAGUGACCAGUACAAGAAGCCCGGUCUGCUCAGCGCACGCCAUCGUGUUCACAUGUGCAACAUCGCCGCCGAGCAAACAUCAACAUGGCUCACGGUUGACCCAUGGGAGGCCCUCCAAACCUACCAACGAACCGCUGUCGUGCUCGACCACUUCGACUUCGAGAUCAACACCGUCCUCGGCGGGAUCGCAUCACCGGACGGGACGAUGAAACCCGCGCGGAUCAUGCUCCUCGCCGGCUCCGACCUCAUCGCGACGAUGAGUGAGCCGGGCGUGUGGUCCGAGCCUGAUUUGGACCACAUCCUGGGCCGGUACGGCGUGAUGAUCAUCGAGCGCGCGGGCGCGGACAUGGACCAGGCGAUCGACUCGCUCUCACGCUGGCGGCACAAUAUCCACCUCAUCCACCAGCUCAUCCAGAACGAUGUCUCGUCGACGAAGGUCCGUCUCUUCCUGCGCCGUGGCCUCUCCGUGCGCUACCUCCUUCCCGCACCUGUCGUGGAGUACAUCGAGGAGAACGGGCUGUACUCAGACGAGGGCCCGACUGCGAGCGCAGCGAGCGGCGCGGUGGUCGCGGAAAAGGAGAAGGGGAAGGGGAAGGAGAGCGAGCCGGACUCAAGCGGUGCCAAGUCAUGA